ACUAAUGGCACACGUACAAUCAGUUAGGUUUAGCCUGCUCCACAUUUGGAGAUCUGGUAAAUUGAAAGCGGCGUCAUAAGCGCUUGUUUGACAGUGUCCUCGAUGUGCAGUUUAUGUAAAGUUGGUCCCAUGAUAAUAGAAGCAACUUCAGGACAACAGAGCUGUGAUCUGUAAACAAAGAUUUCUGAACACAAAUCAGAAAGAUGGCCUUAGCUCUGGCUGACAGAGCUAUAGGUGCCAUUAUUGGAUCAGCUGUUGCAGAUGCAGCAGCACAGCCACUCCACUGGGUGUACGACCUGCAGAAGCUGAAAGGCUUAUUGGCCCAAGAUCCACAUCCCGAAUUCCGGCCUGAGUCUGCCAACCCGUUUUACAGGAGAGAGACUGGCAAGCAGAGCUGUUAUGGGGACCAGGCCUAUGUCCUGUUGGAGUCCUUGUCUGAAUGUGGAGGUCUUAAUGUUGAUGAUUUGAAGAAGCGCACAUUAAAAUUCUUUGGGCCUGGAUCCGAGUAUGACACGCCUGUCAAUGAUCCUUACAGAGAAAGAGGAGGGCCAAGACCUCAACUGCCCAUUGACGGACCAUGGAGACACGCAAGCUUAAAGAGCUUUUUGAAAAAUGUGGAUGCAGGCAAAGAGGAGACGGGUUGUGAGACAGACUGUCAGAUAGAUGGAAUAGCCAAAUUGGCUCCUGUUGUUGCUUUUUACGCCGGGAAGCCUGACAUGUUGGAGAAGGUGGAGGACGUCAUCCGUGUCACCCAGAACAAUGACGAGUGUGUGGCAGAGACACUUGCAGCAGCCAGGAUCUUGGAGCAUUAUAUUCUGAAUGGUGCUGAUGCUAAAGCUGUGGACACGGUGCUUGAUAAGCUCAGUGACCCCAACAGAAAGCAGCCCCAGGAUUUGGACAAAGCUGUGAUGGGUAUGGCAUAUUCAUCAGGUAAAAGACCAUUUAUCCAAGACUCCCCAGGAGUUGAUCCCCACUGUGUUUCCAAACACAUGAGGUUUGCCUGGUGCGUUCCAAGCAGCCCUGCAUGGGGUCCUGACAGCCAAGGGGUAUGUGGAGGCUAUCAGGGACACCAUGAGCUGUGGGGGAUGCACCUGUAGCAGAAGCUCAUUUAUAGGGGCCUGCCUUGGGGCUCAGAUUGGACUUACAGAAAUUCCAAUCUCCUGGAGGACAAAGACCCUUCAAUUCGACUCUCUGUUGGAGCAUGCAAAGAGGAUUGCUGAACGCAAUUAACAAUGUUUUAUCUCCCUAUUAAACUGUGUAACAUAUAAGAGUAUAUGUUGCCAGGGAACAUCUUGAGAAACUGUUGCGCUUCUACUGAACAGUAAAUGAAGGCCCCUGUCUUAAAGCCUGAGAAGCAGGAGCCAGAUGUAAUUGUUUCGGUUUAAGUAAAAUGUGUUUAUUGAGAUGCACAGUACUUAAAACUGAGUGUGUUGAUACAAAUAAAGUCAUCCUUAUGAUUGUAACAUC